AUCGUGCGGGCGACAGCAGCAAGCGGCCCGAGCUGGCCUGGGUCUAUGUCGGCAGCCACAAUCUCAGCAAAGUGAGUGAGCCGACAAACAGUGACACAUCUGUGGUUCCUCUCGGACGAUCCUCAUGUGUGUUGUGUGCCACACACAUGCAGGCGGCGUGGGGCGAGCUGCAGGAAAACGACUCGAAGCUGUCCAUCCGGUCAUAUGAGCUGGGCAUCCUCAUCUCACCACACACACUCCGCGGCCUCACCCCGCCCCCACCACACACCACACGCCACACACAGCUGGCCGGCUCAUCGUCAUCCAGCAGCAGCAGCGGUGCCGCCACGCAGAUGCGGUCAUUCAUGUGGCGCAAACGCGAUGGCACAGGUCGGACGACACAGACAGACAGGACACAUGCAGCCCGCAUCCACGCGUCUUGUGUGGGUGAUGGGCUGUGUGCACUGCAGGGUCCUCUCCCCUGCCCCGCCUCUACGCGGCCACUUCUCGGUGCCCGAGCGGUCCACCUGAUGUGCCGCUGAUCGGUGUGCCUCUGCCCUAUCCCCUGCCGCCGGUGCCCUACGGCCAUUGCCACGUGGUGUGGACGACAGACGGCGCACACACUGGGCCGGACAGCCUUGGCAAGGAGGCAGGGGGUGAGAGUGCGCAGGGCACUUCCUCGCGGGCCGACUUCUGA